AAACAAACAAACCGCAAAAACUUACAGCUGACUCACAGGAAGCCAUGACGAUUUGGCACGUGAUUUCCUGCAGUGGGUGUAGAUACUUGACUGGAACGAUUUCGAAAGAAAAACGCUCAUUCUUUAGCCUCGGACUUAUUUAAUUUUAGUUAAUAAAGCAAGAUUAAUUCGAAGUUAGUUAUGUAUAUGGAUCCAAAUUCUCCAAUUUCAAAUCCUGCUCUUCCUUACAUGGGAGCCAUACCAGGUGGUCUACAAUUAGGAAAGAUAAUAGUAAUUUGUGGACAUAUUCCGCAUGGAGCUGGAAGAGUGUGUAUUAACCUCUGCAAUGGAAAAGUAUUGAAAGAUGAUCAGCCCAGUAACAUAGGGUUCCACAUGAGUUUACGAUUUGAUAACAGAACAACAGUAUUCAAUUCUCGUGUUCAAGGUGCUUGGCAGAAGGAAGAAGUACAUCCAUUGCCACUAGAAGCUGGAAUCAACUUUCAAGUGAUGAUUCUCGUUGAGAAUGGGCAUUUUAUGAUUGCAGCAAAUGGAAGACAUUUCGCACAGUUCAACUAUAGAGUUCCAUAUUCCUCAUUGUCUAUGAUUCAGAUUUUUGGCACUGCCCAAGUUACUCAGAUUGAAUUUCGAAAACAAACAUUUUCACAAGUAGGUCCCAAUGCACAUCAUGGAAUUUAUCCUCCAGGUCAUCCCCCAGUUCCUAUUUGUCCGACUGGGCCAGUACAGCCUCCUCCACCUUAUAUUGGAGCUGCUAAUCCCUACCUUGCUGUUUGUCCAACUGGGCCAGUACAGCCUCCUCCACCUUAUGUUGGUGCUGCUGAUCCCUACCUUGCCGUUUGCCCUCCAGCACUGCCGUUAUAUUCCCAAUCAAGAUCGGAUAAAAUAGUUCGCCAACCAUUUUAUAAUCCAACAUUACCCUUUUCAUGCUCUCUGUAUGAAGGUUUGCACUCGGGUGAAAUGAUCUACAUUAGUGGUCAUCCAACAGCCAGUCCUUACAGGUUUGUCAUCAACUUACAGACUGGCACUGGUCCUUACCCUCCUCCAGAUGUGGCCUUUCACUUCAACCCUCGCUUUGAUAACAGGAGUGUAGUAAGAAAUGCCCAAAUAAAAAAUAACUGGGGCAACGAGGAAAGCAAUGCUCCAUUUUUUCCUUUUUCUCCACAUGUUAACUUUGAUAUGAUAAUUCAUGUGGAAGAUGAGAAGUAUAUGGUUGCUGUUAAUGGGCAACACUUCACUGAAUUUAAACACCGUGUUAUGCCACUAAGUACCAUCACUGUGCUUGCUAUAUCAGGUGAUGUUGUCCUUACCUCUGUGAGAUUUAAAUGAGGUAAUGAACAAAGUUAAGUAUGCUGCUAGUAUACUGAGGUAUUAUCAGUCUAUGGGGGUUGGAUGGUUGUGGUACAUUUUGAUUUAAAAAUAUUUCAGAAAAUUAAAAAGCAGUUUAUACUUGCAUCUACUAGCUUUGCUUACUUACUGCUAUUUUGACUAGUUUUGAUGUAGCCGUGUUGUUUGAAAAGGUUGGUCAGUGUUGGUAAUAUGAAACACACCUUAUGUUAAAAGGAACCAACCUGAAUUUUGUCAUAGUUUCAUUAAUGUACUUUGUUUUUUGCUGCAUUGUAAUAAAAUAAAAUCUAGCAUUAUCAAUGCUAGUUUAAAUGUCGGCAAAAGUCUAUUAUUAACAUGCAAGAUUUUAAAGACUUGCAUCAAUAAUUUUUUGAUAUAUUUUUUUAACCUAGAGAAAAAGCACUAUUUGAACCAUUUAUAUUGAUUGUACAAUUGAUUUUUGCCUAACAUACCAUUUAUUUAAUAAAAACUUAAUCUGUAUUUCUGGAAUGAAACAAUUCCGUUAUCUGCUAAUGUUAUGUAGUAUAUAUGUUGAUUUGUGUAUGUGUUUAAAUCAGGUAUUUGUUAUCAUCUGACAAGAAACAUAAUUAGCAAUAUGAAUUGAAGCACAAACAGUUGUUAACCAACUCACAUAGUCAUAUUUUUGUGAAAAUGUAACUACUUAAAGCAUAUCAUUAUUAAGAAAUUUUCCUAAUCUGUGAGGUUAUUAAAUCAGAAAUAAAAGUAUACAAAUUAAACUUCUAGUAUUAGAUACUUUAAUUCCAAAAUUUUAAAGUGGGAAUACUGUACUUCACAUACUACAACAGAUAUUUAAAUACAUGUGCACAACAGUAUACAAAAAAAGAAUCACUUGUUAACACUUGGAAUAUGUAGAUCUUGUUACAGCAGUUGUUCAUUUAGUUUACUUGUUUAUUCAGUAAUUCUUCCCUCAGCAUUGAAGUGCUUUUUUAUACCUAAACAUACUUUCAUUGGUUAUCAUAACUAGGAAGUUACUUUCAUUGGUUAUCAUACCUAGGAAGUUACUUUCAUUGGUUAUCAUACCUAGGAAGUUUUACAAAUUCAUAGUGAUACUUAAGAAUUCCUCUUUUUCUCUUAAUGUUAUAUGCUACAAUUAAUCAUUGACUAGAUUUUUUUGUGAUUGUUUGUUUGUUAACUAAACAUAAUGGUUUUAACUUACUUUGUAUUAAAGAUACGUGAAUGUAUAUAAUUGUUUUUGCUUCAUAAAUUUGGAUAUUCAAGUCUUGCUAACACUAGGGUAUUUUUCAGUCAGUAAGUUGUAAGAACUUACAAGUGUUUACAAGUGGUUUUUAGCUUGAUAUAGUUACAAUCAUUUUGAUAUUAUGAUGAGUAAUAAAUUCUUUGUACUUCUGUGAAAUACUUUACUGUAUACUUGUCCGUGCCAGUGGAAAUGGCUAUUUGUUUGCCAUGUAUAAAUCUGUGGACUAUAAUGGACUUUGAAUUGUUGAUGAAACUGUGGACUUCAUUGGAAAAAUCGAAUGGUUUGAUACUUAGUUACUUUUUUUUUAUUCUUAGUUGGAUGAUAAUGUUAGUUCUUCCUUAGGCUGCUUUAUGUAUUAUACAUAUGUAUCAGUUAAUUGUGAAGUCGUUUCCCAAAUGGGUUUCAGAUUUUUGUUAUGCAUUGAAUAUUUUAAAAUAUCUAAUUAUUACUGAGGAAAGUGAUAUUCAUACUCUGUAUAAUUUAGUUGGUGGAAUGUUUAAUCGGUGUUAUUAAUACUUCUGUGAUGUAUAAGUGUUAUAAAAGAUGAAAGAAAAUAAAUUACAGUAUUAACCCUUU